AUGUUGCGCACCAUGACUGCGCCGCAGCUGAGGCACCCCAAGAGCUUCGCAGAGCAACUGGCGGAGAUGGCGGCCCUCAGCAAGCGCUCCCACCAGACCCGGCGGCGUGCAGCGAGCGCGCCGGCCGCCGUGGACACCCAAGACUUCGACGCCGGCAACGUGAUGAAGAACACGGCGGUGGCGCUGGCGCUGCAGGAGGAGAUCUCCAAGGUGCUGUCGAUGGAGUGCUCCGAAGGUCCGCUGAACCUCUUCUGGCGGCAGGGGCGAGGCUAUGCGGAGUCCCAGGAGUUGAUGCGGCUGCGUCUGAACUGCGGGGCGCUGCUCCUCUUCGCGGCGCUGCGCAACGCGCUGCCCGGCAACGAGCUGCCGCUGAAGCACUUCGCGCCCCGGAUUCCGGAAAAAGAAUCCUCGGCGGGGCGAGGUACUCGCAAUGUGGGGUGGUUUUAG